AUGCAGUGGCUUUUGAAAUGGCGUUCCUUUUUGCAAAAAGCUGGACUAGGCCUUCUGACUUUGGGUGUGGUAGCCUUCUUUUACACCGGUCAAGAAAUCUUCUAUUACAUGAAGUUUGGAAAUGAUUUCAAAUGUCAUCAAUUGGAAGAGAAAGACGCGUUGCCAUUAGCGGCAGAUUUCAACUUUUCUCCUGAGCCUAAUUCUAUCUUCUUUCAUGAGACCUCGUGUCGAGGCAGUCUGAGGGGACGCCAAGCAUGUGCAAUAGAAUCUGCUGCUAGAAUGCACCCAAAUAAACAAAUCUACGUAUUAUUUAGCUCACCAGUCAGUGAUAACACAUUAAGAAACAGCAGUCUUGCAAAACUUAGCAUGUAUCUAAACAUAAACUUUGCCAGAGUACAUAUAGCAGAGUACGCAAGAAAUACACCUCUAGAAGAUCUUGUAGCCAGCAAGGAGUUUUACCGAAGUAAGUGGUGGGUUGAACACACAUCAGAUGUGCUCAGAUCUCUGACGCUGUAUAAAUGGGGAGGUGUGUAUCUAGACAUGGAUAUGUUAGUGGUGAAAUCCUUAGCGUCUUUAGGGAAAAAUUGGGUUGCUAAGGAGCAACCUCUGUUGGUUAAUGGUGCUGCCAUUGCUAUAUCGAAAGAUCGUGUUGGCAGAAAACUGAUUAAUGCAAUAGUGGAGUAA